CGCUGGAUGCGACUGCUCGCUCCCUCUGCCUCUUCACACUCUUCUCGGUGUUUACACCGCUUGAAGAUUUUCCUAAGUGUGUGAGCCCUGGAAACAAACACCUUUUUUCCUUCUCGGUUUCGUCUUUGGGAAGUCUAACUUCAAUAUCACUGAGCGACAAAUAACCGGGGAGUUCUUGGCCGGCGAGGACCAUGCCGCCUCUGCAAAGCUCCGCCGUCCUGCUGAUUUUUAGCUUCCUCAUUGGUCUGAGCUGCUCCCUGAACCCGAGAGACCCCAAUGUGUGCAGCCUGUGGGAGAGCUUCACCACCUCAGUGAAAGAGUCCUACUCGCAUCCUUACGACCAUGUGACAGAGGAGCCCUGCCCGGACCCUCGGACCUCCUACAGAUGCACACGCCACAGGAUCACCUACAAGACGGCCUACAGGCAAGCGGUGAAGACCGAUUACCGCAAGAGGUACCAGUGCUGUCCAGGAUAUUACGAGAGUGGAGGCAAAUGUGUCCCUCGCUGCACCAAGGAGUGUGUCCACGGUCGAUGUGUCGCUCCGGACCGCUGCCAGUGUGAGGGAGGCUGGCGAGGGGACGACUGUUCCAGCGCCUGUGAUGACAAACACUGGGGGCCAGGCUGCAGUCAGCAGUGCAAGUGUGAGAACAGAGCUCUCUGCGAUCCUGUGAGGGGGGCAUGUCAGUGUCCUCCAGGCUUCAUAGGACGCUACUGCGAGGACUCCUGUCCAGCAGGCACCUUCGGGAAGGGCUGUCUGCAGAGGUGCAAGUGUGGGACUGGAGGAUCCUGCGAUAAAGCAACCGGAGAGUGUGUUUGUCGGGACGGAUUCACUGGCACUUUCUGUGAGAAGGCGUGUCCCAGGAAGUGCCAGGCACGAUGCCCCUGUCAGAACGGUGGCAUCUGCAGGGGCAAAGGGAUCUGCGCUUGUCCCCCUGGAUGGACGGGUGCAGUUUGCACAGAGCGAUGUCCGGAGGGACGGUUUGGACCCAACUGUGCAGAGGAGUGUGUCUGCCACAACAGGGGCAAAUGUGACCCCGAAACUGGACAGUGCCAGUGUGCUAAAGGUUUCACUGGUAACAGGUGCAAUGAGGAGUGUGCUGCGGGCACUUAUGGUCAGGACUGUAAAGGUGUGUGUGACUGCGCUAACGGCGCACGCUGCUACAACAUCGAUGGAGGCUGCCUGUGUGAGCCGGGCUUCAGUGGUCCACACUGCAGGGACAGGAUGUGUGCAGCUGGCAAAUAUGGCAUGCACUGUGAACGCACCUGUCUCUGCCAGGAGAAACACACACUCAGCUGUCACCCGAUGAAAGGAGAAUGCACGUGCCAGCCUGGGUGGGCAGGACUGUUCUGUAACGAGACCUGCGCUCGCGGUUUCUACGGCCACGGUUGCCUGGAGCCGUGUCUGUGUGUGAAUGGAGGAGUGUGCGAUAGCGCCACCGGUCAAUGCCAGUGUGCCCCCGGGUUCACUGGGGUUCACUGUGAAAGUCCAUGUAAAAGUGGCACCUAUGGAAAGAACUGCUCCCUGGAGUGCUCCUGUGAAAACUUUAUCGACUGCUCGCCUGUUGACGGGAAAUGCUUCUGUAAAGAGGGCUGGCAGGGGAUGGACUGUUCCACCCCCUGCUCUCAGGGAACCUGGGGUCCAGGAUGCAACGCCACCUGCCACUGCACCAACGGGGCAAAAUGUAAUCCUGCAGAUGGAUCCUGCAGCUGCACAGCCGGCUGGCAGGGGGCGCGCUGUGACCAACCGUGCCCGAUGGGCACGUUCGGGCCAGGCUGCCUGAAGAGGUGUGAUUGUGUUCAUGCCGACGGCUGCCAAGCCACCACCGGGGAGUGCCACUGUCUGCCAGGCUGGUGGGGCUCUCGCUGUAGCGAGCCAUGUUCAGAGGGCCUGUGGGGGCGCCACUGUAACCAGACCUGUUUCAAGCAUUGCCCCAACAGUGACACGUGCUUGAGGGAAACUGGAGCGUGCGUGUGUCGCCCCGGCUACUGGGGAGUCACCUGUCAGAACAAGUGCAGAGCUGGUAUGUAUGGAGACCAGUGCAGCAUGUCGUGCCCAUCCUGUGGCCAGUCGUACCGCUGCCACCAUGUGACAGGAGAGUGUGAUUGCCUACCGGGACACACCGGAGCCAACUGCGAUCAAGUUUGUCCAGCAGGCUACUAUGGCAAACUGUGUUCUGAAGUGUGUGUUAACUGUGCCAACAACUCCACGUGUGACCACCGGGACGGCCACUGCGAAUGUUUGCCCGGCUGGACUGCUACUGACUGCUCCAUACCCUGUAGUCCAGGACGCUUUGGCCCGUUCUGCACUCAGACCUGCUCCUGUCCAGCCAACCUCAUCUGUGAUCGGUUUACCGGAGACUGUCUGUGUGAGAGUGGAGGAGAUGACUGUAAACAAGACUCGUCGGAGCAGUCAGGGAGCGUCAUGGUUCCUCUUCCUCCUGGUGAGAGGGAGUCGUGGGGAGCCAUCGGUGGCAUCGUCGUGCUCGUCAUCCUGGUGGUGCUGCUGCUGGCGCUGCUGCUGCUCUACCGCCGCAGGCAGAAGGACAAGCAGAACAACACGCCGACCGUCUCCUUCUCCACCAGCCGCACGGUCAACUCUGAAUACGCCGUUCCAGAUGUUCCCCACAGUUACCACCACUACUACUCCAACCCCAGCUACCACACACUGAGCCAGAACAGGCCUCCGCUGCCACACCUGCCCAACAACCAUGACCGCACCAUCAAGAACACCAAUAACCAGCUGUUCUGCAGUGUGAAAAACAUGGAGAGGGAGAGAAGGGGCCUGUUUGGGGUUGAGAGCAAUGCCACACUACCUGCAGACUGGAAACACCACGAGCCCCGCAAAGACUCAGGAGCUUUUGGAAUCGACCGGAGCUACAGCUACAGUGCCAGCCUCGGAAAAUAUUACAACAAAGAGCUGAAGGACACGGUGGCGGUGAGCAGCAGCUCUCUGAACAGCGAGAAUCCUUACGCUACCAUCAAAGACCUUCCCGGCCUGCCCUUCUGCCCCCCAGAGAGCAGCUACAUGGAGAUGAAGUCCGCCGUGCCCAGAGAGCGAGCGUACACUGAGAUCAGCCCACCGCCGUUCAACACGGCAACCUUACGCAGAGAGCGUCAGAGUUCCCUCGGUCACGCUCCACACGAGGACCCCCAGAGCCACUAUGACCUCCCCGUGAACAGCCACAUUCCGGGUCACUACGACCUGCCGCCGGUCCGCCGCCCCCCCUCCCCCAGGAGAGCACCUCAGUGACAGUCACAGCAGCAGAGCCAGUUUCCCUCCUUCUCACUUCGGGGAUGAUUUCAGGCCCGUGCUGGCAAAGAAAGAGCAAACUUUUACGCUCUUCUCUGACAAUCAGAGCUGUAGACCACACAGAGAGCGGCGGUGAGGCGUCUGUCCCACUGAGGAACCACCAUUUACAGUGGAUGCCCCCCUUUCGACUCAACACUGCCCCUCUGUGGGCUAAAGUGGUACUUGCUUCACCGUGACAGACUUGUCAUCCAGACUGGGGAGCCAGCAGGCUGUGGUGAGGAAGGCUGGACUGUGGCGAUGCCAGCGGGGCUUCAGCUGCACUCACCUCCCAUGGGAAAAAUACGCCAGAAGACUUUACAGUUAAAAGCAGCAACUUGGGAAUGUUUAUGUGUUUGAACUCUUCUAAACAUGCUGUAAUUGUCGUUUUCCACAUAUUUUGCUUGCUGCUGAUCAGCCGUUGUGCACAGUUAAAAGGUCCCUUUUUAUCAGAAGACACAUUGUCUUCUGUCUUCAUCCUCAGAAUAAUGCAGACAUUAAAGUUUCUCUUUGCUUUUAUAUUACAUUUUAAAAAUCCAAACUUUUCACUCAGCACAGCUGGACCUUCUUUUGAGUUGCUCAUCAGAAAACCUCAACCUCAAAAAAGGGAAGAGGCAAAGGUCAUGAACAAAAAAAAAGGAUUGUUGUUUCUUUAUUGCUGAUAUGUAUGUUUCAGGAACUAAAGUACCAAAGUUUUGUUUACCACCUGAAGCCCAAGAUGAGACAUGCCAACGUCUCUUCCAAAUGUGGAAUUUAGAUGCAAGAUGAUACACGUGUCCCCUGUUUGUUUAAAAUAUGGCUCACUUUAUUGCUGCUAUGGGAUGAAAACUUUGUAAAUAUAGAAGGAAAUGUAUUUUUUAGCUUCACAGUAACGUGGAAGAACAGCCCUGUUUUAGGAUGAUCGUGUUUUCAGGGCUUUGUGUGACCAAAGAUCACAUUUGAAGGCACAAAGAUUGUUUAUGCUGCAGAACAUAAACCGUCACUGAACGGGGAAUUUCAAGCCAAAUCAAAGCAGCAUUAUGAAUGUCGGAACAGUGCCCUACAGUGACUUUUGUCUUUGCUUGGUUUUUAAAGGGCUGGUUCACAUAAAAGACAAAAAAACAUUUUUUCUUACUUAAUUCAUACUCACAGGUUUAAAGGAAAAAAUAAACUAAAUUGAUGCAGCAGAAUCAGAGAUAUCAGGUAGCAUCUUUUUAAUUCCAUGCACUCUUCUUGUCUAAACGUGGUGCCUACAUUACCCACAAUGCAACUAGACUGCCACCAAUCAUGUUGGAGAUUUGCAGCCAGUAGCGGCUAAUGUAGCCUCGAGCUGCUAGCCUCAAGCAGAGAUGAGGAGCAGACCGAAGAAGUCUGGAGACCUCACCUCUGUCUAACUCCACACAUCCAGAUUUUUUUAAACUUUAAGUCUCCAAACCAAACUCACACUGACUCAAGUGACAUCACUUGAGGCAGUUUAUCGGAUUUCACACAGCUCCCUCUGGAGCCACAAAAGGCUUUUUACAACUUGUUUCACAUGUGCAGUAGUACUUUCCGGGACCUGUAAACAAUUUUAUGCCGUAUAUAAAUGCUGAUAUUCACUCUGAUGUCUGCUGCCACCCAAAUAUCACCAUGAACAGCUUUUACUGGGACGGCUUUGGAUCAAAUCACGUGGAAAAAACAGAUAUUUUCAAUGUGAGCACUGGAAUGCUCGCCUCCAUUCUAUUGGCGUGUGGCAGAAAUAGCAUAUAUAAAAACCUGGACGAUAUAAAACCAAAACUGUGUGACUGGACACUGGUAAAGGCGAUAAAAUGUAUUUUUGUAUUAUUAGUGAACUGGCUGUUUAAUUGACCAAUUAGCUAUUUUGCCAAAACUGCAUUUAAAAUUACAUAAAAGGGUUUUGAAACAAGCUAAAAAAAAUUAUUACUGAAACCUGUAAAGUCUUGUGCUGCCUCUCUAAAUAAUAACAGCCUUGUCAUUUACAUAACAGAAACCCUUGUGUACCAGAAAGAAUGUACAUUGUGCUAUAAAUGCUAUAGUUUUGGGUAGAGCGUCAGCUUUUUUAUGUAUGGCCAUAUAUUUUUGAAUGUAACCAUGGGAACAUGUGUAUAUAAUGUAAAUAAA